UUUGCAUACUCUGACUCUGUCUGCGAUGGCGGAAUAUGCUUCGAAAAUGGCUAUGCCAGUGCCUGGCCGGUGACGAUGAGCUGAAGGAUUGCCCAGAGUUUAUCUGAUAUAAACGAAUACGAUAUAGAGAGUAUAUAGCAUCGACGAGCCCAGUCUUCAAAAGCCAUCUCGUAGAGGAAGCAGCCUUGUCUAUAGAAUUUCCAAACCUCUUCUUUAAAAUGUCUCCUACGCACGUCCUCCUCUUCCCCCACGAGCGAGCCACCCUCGCAGCCGUGCACGACCUGAACGUGCGCUCCAAGUCGCGUCGCAGACUGCAGGCCCUCCUUACUGACACGUCAACGGUGGUACAACGCCAUACGGCUUCGCUGGAUGGACUUGAGCGGGCUAGAAUUGGCCCGUUCGAGGACCUCGUGGAGCUCGCUGAGCGACAUGCCACUCACAAGGGUAGUAUAGUCGCUGACUUGGUGCUCUUGACCACGGUGCAAAUAGGUCAGCUACUUGUUCUGGCGGAAGACCAACCGGCCAUCUUGUCAGAUAAUAGGGUACCGCUGGCAUUUGGCGCUGGAUUGCUGGCAGCAGGGGUUGCCGUUGCUGCUUCAACGGUAGAUGAGAUCGUCACCUUGGGUCUGGAGGCUGUAUCGACUGCCUUUCGUCUAGGGCUUGCUCUCCAGCGCAGGGGGAAAAACAUUGAAGACUCGAACGAACCAUGGGCGCGAGUGGUGUCCAGCACCAUCAGCGUUGCUGACUUGGAGCAAACACUUGAGCGGUUCAAUUCUUCAAUAAGUCCAAUGAACCGAGCCUAUAUCGGUCAGGUAUUGACAGAGAGUACUGUGGUCUUUGGGCCUCCAUCUACAUUGGAUGCCUUUGCAGAAACACUGGAGAUUGCUGCUGCAAUUACUUCAACGCCAGUACUGGAUACGGUCCCUAUGCAUGGGUCUCAUUUGCCUACUGUCGAUGCUGCAGGCAUUCUGGCAGAUUCAGUGAACGGCAGAGCGAGGGAGCUCUGGAAGCUUGCCGUGGACCAGGUUGCCCACCAGCGCAUCCAUAUCGAAGAGACAGUUGCAGGGCUCGUCAAUCACCUGCAACCUAAUGCAGCCAUAAUCCUUACCUCUAUUGGCCCCGAGACAUCCAACAUCACAAGUCUCCUUGAAAGAAACUCGUUUAUCGUCCAAACCAGCCAGCUCAGUCCAACCCCCAAACCCUACGGCGACAACCUCAACACCAUCCCAGCAGACGCCAUCGCAGUCGUCGGUAUGUCCGGCCGCUUCCCAGACAGUGAUACGCUCGACGAGUUCUGGAAACUGCUCGAGAGCGCCCAGACAACACACCAAGUCAUACCUGAAAGCCGCUUCAGCGUGGACGACUUCUACGACCCAACCCGCGCAAAACACAACGCCCUCCUCGCCCGGUAUGGCUGCUUCCUUAAGAACCCUGGUGACUUCGAUCACAGGCUCUUCAACAUCUCCCCGCGCGAGGCAAUGCAGAUGGACCCCGUACAACGCAUGCUCCUUAUGACUACCUACGAAGCACUCGAGAUGGCCGGUUACUCCAGCCUUGACGGCGAUCAGGCACCCCCCCGCAUAGCCACAUACUUUGGCCAGACAGUCGACGACUGGAAGAGCAUCAACGAGCAGCAAGGCAUCGACACGCACUUCCUGCCCGGUGUGAACCGCGGCUUUGCACCCGGCCGGCUAUCGCAUUUCUUUCAGUGGGCGGGUGGCUUUUAUAGUAUCGACACGGGCUGCUCGUCUAGUGCUACGGCACUUUGUCUUGCGCGGGAUGCUUUGGCUGCUGGGAAGUAUGAUGCUGCCGUUGUUGGCGGUGGGACGUUGUUGACUGCGCCGGAGUGGUUUGCUGGGUUGAGUCAGGGCGGCUUUUUAUCGCCGACUGGGGCCUGCAAGACAUUCUCGGAUAGUGCUGAUGGGUAUUGUCGGGGUGAGGGUGUUGGUGUUGUUGUUUUGAAGAGACUGUCUGAUGCUAUUCGCGCAAAGGAUAAUGUCGUUGCUGUUAUUGCUGGCGCUUCUCGGAACUGCAAUGCCGGUGCGGGCUCGAUCACGUACCCAGGAGAACAGGCUCAAGGGACAUUAUACCGACGAGUGAUGCGUCAGGCGGCGGUGCGCCCUGAGCAAGUUGACGUCGUGGAGAUGCAUGGCACUGGCACGCAGGCUGGGGAUCGCGUUGAGAUGCACGCUGUCCAGAGCGUCUUUGCGCCAUCCAACGGGCCUAAUCGCGAGAAACCGCUGGUUGUGGGCGCCUUGAAGGCAAAUAUCGGUCAUAGCGAGGCAGCAGCUGGUAUUAUUUCUAUGAUGAAGGCCAUUCUCGUGCUUCAGCAUGACAAGAUCCCAGCGCAGCCUAACCAGCCCAUCAAGUUGAAUCCGCACCUGGCACCACUGAUCGGGAGCCAGAUUCAACUUGCGAAUGGACAGUCUUGGACGAGAAAUGGGUCUGAGCCACGGUAUAUCUUCGUCAACAACUUUGAUGCUGCUGGCGGGAAUGUCAGUAUGUUGUUGCAGGAUCCUCCGGUGUUUGCCCUACCUGCGCCUUCGCAGUCUGAUGCACGAACGCAUCAUGUCAUUGUCACGUCUGGACGCACGGCCACGGCCCAUGAAGCUAAUAGAAAGCGUCUCGUUGAAUACUUGAACGAGCACCCAGAUAUAAACCUAUCUGACCUUGCCUACACGACUACCGCGCGCCGCAUACACAAUGUUCACCGCGACGCGUACGUGGUGUCGUCUACAGCCGAGCUGCUGCGCCAGCUACAAAAACCAUUGACUGAGAAACAGGAUUCUGCUCCACUUGCCGUUGUCUUUGCAUUCACCGGCCAAGGUGCACAGAGUCUAGGCAUGGGUGGUGUUCUAUACAGCACCUCACCCACGUUCCGGCGCCUCCUAGACUCCCUACAGGACCUCUGCGAUGCACAAGGCCUACCAACCAAAUUCAUAAAUGCCAUCCGCAGCACCUCAGAUCAAACCCCCGUAACCGAAGUUGACAUGCAGGUCGCCACCGUCGCCCUCGAAAUCGCCCUGGCGCGAUACUGGCAGUCCCUAGGAAUACAACCGACAGUCCUAAUCGGCCACAGUCUAGGCGAGUACGCCGCGCUCUGCAUUGCAGGGGUCCUCUCAGCCAGCGAUACGCUAGCACUAGCCUUCAAACGCGCCUCGCUCAUUUUCACCCGCUGUCCUCCCUCCGAGGCUGGAAUGCUAGCUGUCGCUCUACCCAUGCGCACGGUGCAGUACAGAAUCCGCGACUCCGCCGCGACAGCAGGGUGCGAGGUGUGUUGUGUCAAUGGGCCCUCGAGUACUGUUGUCGGUGGACCUGUUGCUGCUAUCGAAGCUCUGGAUGAGUAUCUCAAGUCAGAGGAUGGGGGGAAGGUCUCGACGACUCGUUUGCGCGUGCAGCAUGCAUUCCAUACCCGCCAGAUGGACGUCCUGCUUGACGAGCUUGAGGGUGCUGCUGCUCAAGUGUCUUUCCGUGCGCCAACUUUUCCGGUUGCUAGUACAGUGCUAGGUCGGAUUGUGAAGCCCGGUGAGAGGGGUGUUUUCAACGCUGAGUACCUGCGCCGACAUACCCGGGAGCCUGUGGCUUUCCUAGACGCUGUGCAUGCUUGCGAGGCAGAGGGCCUUAUUCCAGAGAAAGCAUUUGCUGUUGAGAUCGGGCCUCAUCCGAUUUGUAUUGGUCUUAUUGCUGCCUGUCUUGAGUCGACGCGUGUCAAUGCCUGGCCGAGUCUGCGUCGUGGUGGUGAUGACUGCCAGACUGUUUCUGGGGUCAUGGCUGCUGCGUAUAGGGCUCAGCUGCCGGUUUCUUGGACAGAGUUUCAUAAGGAUCAUCUUGACUCUGUUAGUCUGAUCAGUGACUUGCCGAGCUAUGCGUUUGAUUUGAAGACGUUCUGGCAUUCGUAUAAGUCUCCUGCUGCAGCCAGCACUGUUGCAUCGUCCACUGUCGGACAGUCAAGGCUCGCAUCUACCACACUGCAUGCCGUGGAGGAGAUGAGCAAGAAAGAUGGAACCCUGUUUGGAAAGUUCACAGUCGACUUGUCAGAUCCCAAGCUGGCCAGAGCCAUCGGCGGCCAUGUUGUCGACGAGUCGGCCAUCUGCCCAGCGAGCAUCUUCAUUGAUAUGGCAUACACUGCAGCAGCAUAUCUCGAGCAGGAGCAGCAAGGCAAGACUGCUUUGACAACGUACGAGCUGACAGGUCUCGAGAUGCACAGUCCCCUCGUCCUACGAGAUGACAUGGAUGUCCUCCCCCAGGUCUGGGUAGAAGCCGCGCUCGACACGAAGACGAAUGUGGUUUCGAUCCAUUUCAAAGGACUAAAAUCACCUAAGACAACGGCAGUUGAGUACGGAUCAGCCGUGGUGCACCUCGCGCAGAAUGAUUCCUCAACUCGCCGCGAAUGGUCUCGUAUCCAGCCCCUGGUCAAGGCGCGCGUGCAGACGCUCAACAGCGCCAUCCGCCCGCGCGAAGUCCACGCUUUAGACACAUCGCUCUUCUAUAAAGUCUUCUCGGAGAUCGUGGACUAUUCAACACCUUAUCAUGCUGUCCAGGAGGCUGUUAUUGCUGCUGACUUCCGCGACGCUGCUGUUACUCUGCAACUCACACCCACUGCUGAGCAUGGCAGCUUCAUCAGCAGUCCCUUUGCGGUGGAUGCGCUGGUCCAUGUGGCUGGAUUCCUGCUGAAUGCCGACGUGCGCCGAGCAAAGAAUGAAGUCCACAUUGCGAAUCAUAUUGGCUCGUUGCGUAUCGUGGGUGAUAUCUCCUCGCCCGGGCCGUACCAUGUCUACGCCACUGUCCGCGAGCAGGAUUCCAAGACGGGCACCAGUUUGUGUGAUGUGUAUGCCACUGAUAGCAGCAAUAGCCUUGUUGCCAUCUGCACAGAUAUCUGCUUCAAGAAGCUUGAUCGGGACUUUUUUGCUUUGCUUACUGGUGCUACUCGGGGUCGCUCACCACGGCCAGCAGCCCCAGUUAGGGCUGUCCCUGCACCACGAGCAAAGCAGGCAAUCCCUUCACCGAGCCCCAGUCCCAGCAGUAGCAGCGGUUCUUCUGGGGCAAAUACCCCAGUCUCGAGACCAGACACUCCUGGGAGCGUAUCAGACACAGUCGAUCUCAGCGACGAGCUGCUGGAAGCCGUGGCGGAGCGAACGGGCGUCAGCGUGGACGAGAUGAAAGGCGCCCCAGGAACAACCUUCACAGAGUUCGGCGUCGAUUCGCAGAUGGCCAUUGCUAUCCUGGCUAACUUCCAGCGCACGACCGCUGUGGAGCUGCCGGCGGCUUUCUUUACUAACUUCCCGACCCCGGCCGAUGUACAGCAGGAACUAGGGUCACUCGCGGACUUUGAGGAUGAGAGCCCUAAACCCAAGCCGUCAGACAGUGUCACUGUCAGUAAAAGCCAAAGUCCUGCAUUAAGCAAGCAUCUGCUGUCACUUGUUGCGGAUGCACUGGGGCUCGAGGAUAGCGACCUCACGCCGUCGACGACCUUUGACUCGGUGGGUAUGGACUCGAUGCUCAGUAUCAAGAUCACCGCGGCUUUCCAGAACGAGACCGGUGUCGAGCUUCCUGCUGCCUUUUUUACCCAGAAUCCCACGGUAGGCAGUGCACAGGAAGCCUUGGAUGAAGAUGACACAGACACUCCCGCUCCCGCUCCUGCUGCUGCUGCUGCUGCUGCUCCUGCGCCAGCAAAACCAACAAAAAUCGACUCUCGCCAGCAAAAACUCUCCUCCGCUGUCUCUCGUGCAGUCCUCAUCCAAGGAAAGUCGCGGUCCCAAUCCGCCCCCCUAUUCCUCACCACCGACGGCUCCGGCACCGUCGAGUCCUACAUCCACCUGAAAGCCCUCCCAGCCGGCCGACGCAUUUACGCCCUAGAAUCCCCCUUCCUCGAACACCCGGAAGCAUUUGACCUCUCCAUCGAAGAAAUGGCAAGCAUAUUCCUGCGCACCAUCCGCCGCAUCCAGCCCACAGGGCCCUACCUCAUCGGCGGCUGGUCCGCGGGGUCCAUGUACGCAUACGAAGUCGCCCACCGACUCACCAGGGAAGGAGAGUCCAUCGACGCCCUGAUUAUCCUGGAUAUGCGCGCGCCCUCGCUCAUCCCCACCUCCAUCGUGACGACGGACUUUGUGAAUAAACUCGGCACCUUCGAGGGGAUUAACCGCGCGCGAGACCUGCCGGAGGAUCUAUCGGUGAAGGAACGGGAGCAUCUAAUGGCAACAUGUCGGGCGUUGUCUGCGUAUGAUGCGCCUGCGUUUGCGGCAGGUCGUGAGCCGAAACAUGUUGCCGUGGUGUGGGCGCGCGAGGGCCUGGAUAAUAGGCCUGAUGCGCCUGUUGCGGCGAUGGAGCGGCCCGGGGUGGAUAUUGGGAAGACGCUGUAUGAGAUGAACCUGGAUGAGUUUGAGCGGUACUUUAACUCGUGGUUCUAUGGGCGGCGGGAGACGUUUGGGAUGAAUGGGUGGGAAACGCUUGUUGGCGAGGGGAUUUCGGUUCAUACGGUGAAUGGAGACCACUUCUCGAUGAUGUGCCCGCCGUUUGCGGAUGAGGUUGGGGCUGUUGUUGUUGAGACUGUCAGGCGGGCUGUGGAAUAGAUUGUUAUAGAUAUAUAGACUG